UCUGAAUCCUGAGUCCCUGACAUCUUUGUCCUCACAUUUCAUCUCAUCCAUUCCCAGUAUCUUGCGGCCCCCGCAUUGCACGAACAAGCAGCGGGCUAUUUUUGGUUCAUUCCGAUCGAUACAGCAAGUUUGUUCUAGAUUCCGUUCAAUUUAUUUCCUCCCCCCCACUCCUCCAACCACGGCCCGCAAGGAUCAUACCCAGUCGGUGUGGACCAGGCUACAAUCAAAACUGGGACAUCAAAAGAGGAGGAACACCACCACCACCAUGGAGGGCGUCACAAGACAAACCAGUCAUGUUACGCUGUGCGCAUCAUCAUCACACUCGGUGAACAAAGCAGGGACUACUGGCUCUCGUAGCUCCGCGUUUUCUCCUCCGGUGAUCACAUACCUGGACAAGCUCUACAGCUCGUUGAUCGCAUCGCCGCAGCCGUUGGAUUUCCUCCAGGAGGUGCAGCAUGAGGAGGCUCCUCGCGACGCGGCCACGAGCGGCAAGGCGUCGGCCAAAAACCCCCUGGCGUCGUUGGCGGAUUUCUACGCUUACAUGGCCAGUCCGGCCGCCGAUGCAAUGAAACCCGCCGGUCAGCCAGAUCUGUCGGCGCCAAUCACUGAUUACUAUAUUUCUUCCAGUCACAAUACCUACUUGACGGGGAACCAGUUGUACAGUGAUGCGAAUGCAAGUGCUUACACUAAUGUAUUGCUUCGCGGAGGAAGAUGUGUCGAGAUUGACAUCUGGGACGGAAAAGCCAGCUCUGAUAGCUCGCUAAAAGAAGAGACCAGCAGUAGUAGCAGCAGUAGUAGUAGCGAUGAGUCGAGCUCGGAUGAAGCAGCCACUAGGCCUCAGAUGCCUCGUCGUCGCAAGUCGAAGAUGGAGAGACUCAGGAAGGCUACCGAGAGCCAUCCGCGUCUUCACGCGAUUUCUGAAGAAAUAGGAAGAUUUGAGGGUUUUCUGGGUCAUCACCGAUCGUUGUCGGGGUCCAAGCCCCCGGCGACGUCGUCUGAGCCUCAAACCCUGGAGGUCUCAAAGAAUUCGCCUGAGGAUUCCAUUCAGAUACCUGCGCGCCCGGAGCCUCGGGUACUACACGGUCAUACUCUCACCAAGGAGGCCAGUUUUCGGGACGUAUGCUAUGCCAUUCGUGACAGCGCAUUUGUGACCAGCGACCUGCCGGUCAUUGUGAGUCUGGAGGUGCAUGCCUGCCAUGAGCAGCAGCAUGCUAUGGUUGAAAUCAUGGAAGAGGCAUGGAAAGGGAUGUUGAUCGAAGUGACGCCCGAAGUCGUAGCGGCAAGGACGCCGCCGCCAUUGGAGGAGCUGAAGCGGAAAAUCCUCAUUAAGGUGAAAUACGUCGCUCCGGACCACGAGGAUAAAGACGAGGACCCAGAGGAAGAAGAGAAGCAAGUAUAUUUGAAGCAUGUCCAGACCCUCAAACAGAAAGGCGAUCUCUCAAGUCCCACGAGCACGGCUGCCGAAGCACCCGACGCCGCAGCUCCAGCUCCUCAUAAACCGUCGAAAAUUGUGCAGGCUCUGAGCAAGCUCGCCGUAUUCACCAAAGGCUUUCACUUCAAGGACUUCACGCAGCCAGAGGCCAAAGUGCCGAGCCAUGUAUUCUCGCUUUCCGAGAAUGCGGUACGCGAAGCCCAUAUCAAGGACCCUAACGCCUUGUUUGAGCACAAUCGACACUUCUUCAUGCGGGUAUAUCCCAAGGGAUUACGUGUUGGCUCCUCCAAUAUGGACCCCGGAUUCUUCUGGCGGCGCGGGGCCCAAAUGGUGGCACUAAACUGGCAGAACCUCGACAAGGGAAUGAUGCUCAACUCGGGCAUGUUUGCAGGCGAGCCCGGCUGGGUGCUCAAGCCUCCCGGCUAUCGGAGCUCUGACGCAGACUCGGUCAUCGUUCAACGAAGACAGCUUAACCUGUCUAUCGAGUUCGUCGCCGGCCAAAACUUGCCACUACCACCAGGCCAAACGAUUGACAAAAAAUUCCACCCCUACGUGUCCUGUAUUCUCCAUCUUGACACGCCCGACGAUGACUCCGGCGAUUCAGCGAGCGAUGAUGAAUCAGAUUCAGAGAAGGCGGGCUACAAGCGAACUACCAAAACUGCCACAGGGUCGAACCCCGACUUCGAGAAUCAGAAGAUCGAGUUCCCACCCGUGCCAAACGUCGUGGAGGAUCUCAGUUUUGUCAGGUUCAAAAUCAAGGAUGACGAAUUCUUCCGUGAUUCGCUUGCUGGGUGGGCGUGUAUACGACUGAGCCGACUUCAACAGGGGUACCGACUUGUGCACAUAUACGACCGCUCGGGAGCGGAUACUGGUGGUGUUCUGCUGGUUCGGAUCACCAAGACCAUGACUUGAUUCGGCAUAUGCAGCAAGCGAUAGGAAGGGCGUUAGUGGUAGAUAGGCAUGGGCUCUAGCACAGACAGCAAUGCACGUACGAAACAAUCGGG